AUGUGGGUGCAUAUGACAUUAGAAGAAGGGGGCGAUGUUUUAAAAGAGCUAUCAUCAAUGAUUCUUCUAAGCAUCGAGGAUGUAGAAUCCCAUGAAAGAGAUCGAUUGGAUCAAGUGAAAGAUAAUGUCAUGAAAAUUGGUGGAUAUCUUUAUCAGCCUAUUCCAUUCCAUUUGCGUCUGCUUGCUGAUAUCCGUUUUGAAUCCUGUGAAAAACGUGCUGAUUCCAUGAUUUCAACCGGAUUCUGUAAAACUUUAUCAAAAUCAUAA